UCCCACAAUGCACCGCUACGUCGACUGAGCUACUAGGGAGGAGAACAACGGAGCAGCUAGCUACUUGAACCCAAACAAACAGUUAUAGUCAGCUAAUGGUGUACAGUUACAAGGUUGUAAAAAAGUGAGCUCGGUGUUUAUUCGUCGAUAACUAUAAGAUUAAUAGAGCUUUCAGGGCGGAUGCAGCUGUGAUAAACACUCCUGUCGGCGGCUGGGAGGCGGUGCUCUUUAGCAUUAGCUAGCCAGUUAGCUGUUCUAACCAACGGGAGAAGCUGUAUAAAAAAAAAGCUGCUGGGAGCUUUUCGGCUUGCCACAAAACGAACACACAAAGGAAAGAAAACAUUUUUUUUUUAAACGUAAAAGUUGAAAUUAAAUUUGGGAUUACUGAUAAGGACCGUUGUGUCGUAAUAUAAGCAAGUUAGUGGUUACUUUGUUGAGACCAUAGCUUCUACUACAUAGAUUGACAAACGUUAGCUAAAUUAAUUUAGCUAUUGUUAGGUCGUCUGAGGCGACAUCUGUAAAUACUGGAUUUGGGUAGCUUUAGCUUACAUAGCUAGAAAAACACAAUGAGUACCGAGGCUGCAGCGUCCACUAAACCCACACCGGAGGAUGAUGGUAUGACAUGGUGGUACCGAUGGCUCUGCAAAAUAGCUGGAGUUUUGGGAGGAAUAUCCUGUGCCAUCUCUGGAGUGUGGAACUGUGUCACUGUGAACCCCUUAAACAUUGCUGCUGGAGUUUGGAUGGUGUUAAAUGCCUUUGUGCUGUUCCUAUGUGAAGUCCCGUUCUGUUGCCAGUUCAUAGAGUUUGCUAAUGCAAUAGCAGCCCGGGCAGACAAAUUCAAACCUUGGCAGAAAGCCUUCUUCUACUGUGGGAUGGCUCUGUUUCCUGUAUUCUUGAGUUUCUCUUUAACAACCCUGUUUGGAAAUGCCAUCGCCUUUGCUACAGGAGUUCUGUACGGCCUUGCAUCUUUAGGCAAAAAGGGAGACGCAGUGACUUAUGCCAGACUGCAGCAUCAGAAACAGGCAGAUGAGGAGAAGAUGACAGAAACGGCGAAUGGGGCUCCGGAGUAAGGCAUCUGCCUGUCUCCACCCUCCUCUUCCUCUACUUCUUCAGUUGUUGCCGCCCUCUAUCCAUCCUACCUCUUCCUCCAUGCUUCUUUCCCAUUUUUGUCACUACAUAAGUAUGGUACUGAGUUUACUUAUUUACUUAAACUGCUGCAUUCUUGUUGUCCUGACCUAAUAGUAUCCAAACAGAUUAGUUUUGGAUUAAGUCCAUUAUUUGAUACUUGGCGUGUAAAUGGAAUCUCUCAUUGGGCUCGAUUCCAUAGAUUGUAUGUUUAGUUUUUCAUGAUUUAUGUUCUUCUCAUGGGUUGUAUUUAAUAUUAUAUUUCCCUUUGUUGUUUGUUGCUGGUGUCCGUUGUAAACCCUUUUUCUGCAAGAAAAAAGUGAGGUACAUCUUUCCAGUCCAAGAACCUUUCAGGAAAUCUGAAAACUAAAUUAAUGUGAAUGUAAAAUGUACAUAAUUAACUUAAGGUUAUCAGGUUAUUCACUAUGACUUUCAGGCUGAAUCAAAUGUGUCUCGCUUGGAGAGUGAAGCCGGUGAAGAUAAGUCCAAUGGUAAAAGGGGGUUCAGGCUUGUUUCAGCAACAGACCCAAAUAUUGAUAACAGCUAUUUUGCAGCUCUGACCUCAUUAUCAUUGGAAAGUAUUUGCCAGCAGAGUUUCCAAAGCCUGUUGCGUUAACUUUC